AUGCUUCUGGAUGGCGUUAAAGAGUAUAACUCGAGGAAGAGGAAAAAAUCCUGCAAAGAAAGUUGCCAAGAGGAAGGAAAACAACGGAGACAUGUCUUUUGCAGAUAUAAAGCAAAGACUGUUAAGAGAUUAACCGCUGCCCCUUUCUUCGAAGACCACAAGGAGAUCCCACUAAUCAUAUAUGAUGACGGUUUGAAGAACAAGGAUUGCACAGCGUUCAAAGGCCAACAAACGGAUGUAACAGAAAAAUUGUAUCACUCACUGUUAGAAAGAGAAAGACGUUUACUUGCAGCUGUUGUUAGACAUUAA